AUGGCUAUGCUUAACAAGACAGUGACUAUACUAGCUUCUAAGCUAGGUCUAGCCGAAGAAGAAAAAGUUCUGAAUAAAGCAGCGGAAUUCGAACGUCUCUUACAUACAAAGAGUGUCGCUGGUAGUAACAUAAACGACACCAGUAAAACUGUUGCAUGUCUGGAUUUGGCAGCUGGUCUUCUUGGAGCAGAUUUGGAUUUAAAAACGGCUAUUAAAUACUCUGGCCUCAAACCAGCAGCCUAUAAAAAUAUGCGCAACGUGAUUCAGAAUCUCCUAGACUUGAAUGAGGAUCGGCUAUCCACUUUGGUACUCUGCAACACACUACAGUGUAGUCCUGUCCAGAAUUUAGCUGAUAAAAUAUUGGAGGAAUACCAGAAACAUUCAAAAAUCGUGUUGGAUUUUAGUUUGCCUCAAUAUGUAUGUAUGGCUGUAUUUCAAGCUUGCAGAGUUCAUAAUUUGAAAAUUGCUAAAAGCAAAAUAGUAGAGAGAUCUCGUUUGAAACCAGCUCAAUGGAGUAAACUUGAUGAAGAGUGGACUAAAUUUGUAGAUGAAAAUAUUGCUUCAACUAAGAAGAAAAAGGGGAGACCUCUAAAGAAUACUGAGGCAGAGAAAGAUGAUGUAGAAGAUAAAAUGGAAGUAGAUAGCAACAUAAUUAAACCUGAAGUAAGAAAGGAACCUAAAAUAGAACCCUAUGUGGAUUGGAAAAAGCGAAUUUUAGAUGGGGCCUACAAAGAGCUGAAGAAACUAGAAUCAAAGAAAAAUGAACAAAACUGUAGGUUGACUGCAUCACCAAGAAGUAAUUGUGAAGAUGUUGCAAAUGUUACUUCUGAAGGCCAAGAAAAAUCGAAAUUUUUGAAAGAAUCAGUAGAUCCCAGCAGGCCUACGAUCGCUUAUCCAACAUCCCUCGGGUUUUUAUUCAUAUUUUUCACUCUGCUCGUUGGUGUGAUAGUGAGAACGACAAUGCUCUGCACCAGUAUGUGCUUACCAUAUCGUGUAGUAAUGUUUUGCCUCGGCGGCCUGGCUGGGUUUUGCGCGAACAAAUACCCCGCUUUCAAACCGUUCGUCUGGAUAUGUUACGUAGACGUGGACCUCCUGUUAACUACAUUCUUGCCGAUAUUGAUGUUUAGCACUUCGUAUGCGGUCGAUUCGCACUCGUUCUGGAAAAGUUUUCCCCAAAUUAUCCUCGUGGCUGUACCUGGAGCACUUUUGACCGCGCUGAUGGCAGCUUUCAUGGCUUACUAUCUGAUAGAAUCCUCCUGGAACAUAGCUACGUCACUGCUCUUCGGUAUAAUAUGCUCCCCGAUAUACCCAAUGGAAGUUGUUCAGAAAUUGAAAGAGAUGACUAAAGGGAAAUACGUGAGUGUUCUUCUGCUCGGGGAAGAACUGAUUGGGGAUGCAACUGCUAUGAUAGCGUUCACUGCUGUAUAUGGAUACUUGGCAUUGGCUCUUACUCAGACCUCGCAUAUCGCGUUGCUUCUAGUUCGGUACGCCGGAGGGGGGAUACUGCUCGGCAUUUUAACAGGCCACAUCUCUGGAACGCUCCUAUCUUUUAUGUAUUACGACUUACUGUGUGUGGUUUCGGUGACUUUAUCUUCAGCAUAUUUAACUUAUUAUAUCGGUGAAAAGUUCCUAUACGUGUCCGGGUUGCUUGGCACUGUCAUAGCGGGGGUCCUGGUCAGCUAUAGAAAGUCAUCUGUGGCGGGUGAUGUCGAGCAAGUAGUAGCAUAUUUCUGGAGCAUUCUGGCGCAUAUGGCGAACACCCUAGUGUUCACAAUGGUGGGUGUGGUGAUAUUCGAGAAACUGAGCUAUGUGAUAAACAUGCGACAGAUCUCGUUGGUGUUUGUGACGUACGCGACGGUGUAUUGCUCAAGAUUACUUGUCUAUGCGACCAUGAUGCCCAUAUUGCGCCAUGUUGGGUACGGUAUGACGUGGCAACUCUGCUUGGCAUGCGCGUGGGGCGGCCUCAGAGGACCACUCUCAUUAUGCUUGGCGUUACUCGUACUCCAGACUCCUGCUGUGGCUGAUGCUGGUGAGAUCUUCAUAAUCCAAACUUCUGGACUUGUGCUUCUUUCACUGUUAAUAAAUGCAACGACCAUGGGCAAAGUCCUCAAAAUGCUGGGCAUGGCAGAGAUAUCGCUGGCGAAGAAGGCCAACAUGACCAACUGUGUCAAACGCAUCAUGAUGACCAGGGACCGGUGUGUGUCUAUGCUGAAAAUGGACAAGUUUUUAGCUGACGCCAAUUGGGAUUUGGUUGAGGAAGGUACCCAAAUAAAACAUCCAUACCAGUUACAAAUCUCAGGCCGUGAUGAGGACAGCGAGGACGACACGUACAUGGGCUACCGGUACACGACAUGCCCUGAUUGUGAGAGGGAGAUACCCAACGAGCCUACUAAGAAGGAGUUCGCGGAGAUGAUGAGAGAAGCGAACCAAAGAGUAUUGAAAGCGAUGAAGAUAUCUUAUUGGCGACAGUACGAACACGGAAAGAUUAGCAAAGAUGGUGUCAGGACCCUAGUCCAGGCUGUGGAGGUGGCAGCUGAUUCUGAUGAUGCCAGGGUUAACUUGGAACAACUAGGAACUUUGUGGAAGCCUAAGGUUCACGCGGUCUGGCUAAGACGGAAGUUAGUCAAAGCUAUGACUCCAGAAGCGGCCAAUGUCCAAAUGCCGCGGCAGCCAUGGCGUCAGCGCUGCUACAAAAUAGUAACGAGCGUGUGGUUCGACGGCUUCAUAUACGUCAUGAUACUCUCCAAUACACCCGUCAUCAUCAGCGAAGUAGUGCUCAAGUCACCGCUUCCCACGAAAGUCACGUUUUCAAUCAAAGCGCUUAAUUUAUUUUUUUACAUAAUAUACCUAUUCGAGAUGAUUAUAAAAAUGGUUGCUCUCGGCAUCGUCGGAUAUUUCAAGUCGCAUUGGAACAAAUUGGAUUUCUUCAUAAUCGUCAUGGCUACUGUUGAUUUAGUCCUAGAUGUGAUCGACGCACUUACAGCAUGGGACAAAUGGCGGAAUGUGAAUUCCAGUAUUCUCACAGCAACGAAACUAUUGAGGAUGCUGAGAUUCUUGAGACUGUGCAAACUGGCAAGGGUAUCAGUUCCACGAGUAAUGGCGUACGUGGAUAGGAUGAUAGACAUACAACUGGCAUUUGGAUACGAUGUUGGUAAGGGCUUCGUGACGGGAGAACAAGAAGUAUGCAAUCUGCUGCCACAGCUGGUUGACAACAAGGUUAUCCAGGAGACGCUCAGUGCUAAACUGGAAGCUGAUCGGUUAGCAGUUACCCGUCAACUAGGCUUGCUGCAGAGGGACAGACCUUGGACCGCCAUCACGGUGAAGACUCGCCAGGCCACCACCUCCACUCUUCAUAUAAUGAUCCUGGACGCUAUGCAGCUGAAGGAAGAAGGAUUUUUAGAUGAAAUGGAGUACCGUUUAUUGUUGAACGCAAUCCAGGAGAAAAUACAGUUGUGCAGACACAAAGGCAGUCUAGUGGCGCCCUCUUCACCGGAGACUCAACUCAGAUCCGUGUCGUGGAUGCAGAACAACGAGCGGGUGGCGGAUUUCUUUCUAGAAAACUCGGAGAUACUCAACUACAAUUACAACGACAUUCUGCUAUCGAGAGGUGACGAGCCCAAAGGCAUAUACAUCCUUGUCUCCGGUCUUCUAGAAGCGACAUACGAACCGCCAGACGGCGAUAUGGACGAAGCGAUCCCCAACUAUGAGUUCCUCACCGACUUGAAGUUCGGCGACCCCAGCCAAGACUACAUCGUGUCCGGGAACGCGGUAGGGGUACUCGGGGUGCUUACGAAUCGACCGUACAAUUACACUGUGCGUUGCGACUCCGCGGUUCAAGCUUACUACAUAACUAUGCCAAUCAUCAAGGAAGGCUUCAACCUAGCGCCGCAUCCUAUACACGGCUUGGAAGCGGCGAUGUGGCGAGAGAUCGGAAUAAAGUUCUCCAUGAUGGUGCUGCCAUCUGUGCCCGCGUACCACGGGUGGUCUGUAGAGAAGCUUAGCAUGCGUCUGGAACACAGUUUCGUGCCUUGUUUGAAGGCUUUCAAGGUAUUCGUAGUGAACGAGUUGAUGGAAGACAUAGUGCUGAUCGACGGCAUAUGUCAGGAUAUGGUCACCAGGGAAGUGUUCCAGCCGCCCUGCUACAUACCAAGAACAGCGCAUCGACUGGUAUUCCCAAAGUCAUCCCAGCUUAUCGUGUCAAGCUCGUGCCCGGAAACCAAGCUCCUCAUCAUCCCAGCCAAGGACACCGAUGAGCUGGAUAUCAUGGAAGACGAGCUUGACGACUUGCAGUGUGAACUGGUGUCGAACGCUUCAUCUCGCUGUUUGUACCACAAAGUGAUCCAUAAGUUCUCGAACGACGCGAGUCGUCAGCGCGCGCGCGCUAAACGCAAACGGGGCGGGGCGCGCCGCGUCAACUAUAGGGAGUCCGUGUGGAACAAGAGGACGUCUUUUGCGUUUGGCAUGGAUCAGAGCGACACCAACUCUAAAUACUUCAGACCUAGCGAAAUGGAUAUGCAACCUGAAAAACUUGAACGAAACACUCAGGAAGUGCGUUUAAUUGAUCCAUCGACGCAAAGCACGCCGGCAAACGUGGAGUCUGAAGAAGAGAUAUAUAAUACUAUGCUUUCAAAACAGAAGAGAAUAUCAACAAGCAGUAAAUAG